AUGGUCAGCUCAAUUUUGCGCAUGCGCGCGCUGCAAGCCUCUCGCCAGGCCCGCUGCUUCAGCACCACCCGCCGCCAGUACGCCGCAGAGGUUAAGCAGCUCGGUGUCAUUGGCGCCGGCCAAAUGGGUCUCGGCAUUGCGCUCGUUGCUGCUCAAAGAGCCAAUGUCCCCGUCACACUUGUUGACGCGUCCGACAAGGCUCUGUCCAAGGGCCUUGCUUUCGCCGACAAGCUUCUCGCAAAGGACGUCGCCAAGGAGAGAAUCACGCAGGACCAGGCCACCGAGAUUCGCGGCCGCCUGAGCGGCUCUACCAAGGUCGAGGACCUCUCCUCGGUCGACUUUGUCAUCGAGGCCGUUCCCGAGAUUCCCCAGCUCAAGUUUGACAUCUUCUCCAACCUCGCCCGGAUUUGUCCCUCGCACGCCAUUCUUGCCACAAACACCUCUUCCAUCUCCAUCACCAAGAUUGCCGCCGCCACGACGACCGAUCCCACCGACACCUCGGCCUCGUCCCGGGUCGUCUCCACCCACUUUAUGAACCCUGUUCCUAUCCAGAAGGGUGUUGAAAUCAUCAGCGGCCUCCAGACCAGCCAGGAGACUCUGGACACGGCUGUCGAGUUUUGCAAGAAGAUGGGCAAGAUUACGUCCGUCUCCGCCGACACCCCUGGCUUCCUUGCCAACCGCAUUCUGAUGCCUUAUAUCAACGAGGCCGUCAUCUGCCUCGAGACCCACGUCGGCGACCGCGACUCCAUCGAUGCCAUCAUGAAGAACGGCACCAACGUCCCCAUGGGCCCUCUGCAGCUCGCCGACUUUAUCGGCCUGGACACGUGCCUUUCCAUCAUGAAGGUCCUCUACAACGAGACUGGCGACUCCAAGUAUCGCCCGAGUGUCCUUCUCGGAAAGAUGGUGGACGCCGGGUGGCUCGGCAAGAAGAGCGGCAAGGGCUUUUACGAUUACUAG